AUGCCACCCAAACGACCAAGUGAAGGCGACGCGCCGCCUGAUAGGCCCACCAAGCAAACCAAAGAAGGCAAAGGCGAGAACAAGUUGGCUUGGAGCGCAGAGGAUGGUGAGCAGUCAUGCGUGCAGGAGACCUGGGCUGUCAUUCCCGGACGGAUGGAACAAGACCUUGAGCCGGACCCCAUCGUGUUGACGCUGUAGCUCACCUACACUCAUGCCCGCCCCUGCAGAUCGCAAGUUCCUACUCGCCUUCAUGGCUCUGGACGAUCAACCACCCGCCUUUCCCGAGCACAAAAAAGCCAAGCUGGCCGAAUUGAUGGGGCGCAGUCCUACAUCGAUCAAGGUGAGUUCGACGCUGGUGAAUCGUCGAUCUGGUGCUCUGGCCGCUUAUUCCUUCAGCUUCUUCAUGUCAGAGUCGCUGGUUCAUUACUCUGAGACCUGCUAUGAAACAGAUCAGCGAAGGUCUGGGAGAGGCACAGCCUCAGAAGGAGUGA